AUGCUGCGAUUAGUAUCACUACCAUUAGUGAUGCGCGAUGUAUCGGGCAUGGCAGCAAAUGAAAUGCUAUUGAGUAUUCUCUGGUAUGACAGUCUCAGCCAGAAUUUGUUAAAGUACAUCUGUCUCCCGGCAAACGAGGCCGCAUUUGUUAAGCGUCAAGAAUAUUUAUAG